CAUAUUCCAGGUAGCAAAAAUUUAUACUGUUUUUUUUUUGGUAGGGUACACAAGUCGACGGGGCCAAUCAAUUCGCUUCAAAAGCGCAGCAUCAUGAAGUUUUACGCAAACUUUGGCCUGGACGUGAUUGCAAGGUGCUUAUUUGGCAUAAAACUGAAGCCGCAUUCGGACGUCACCAAUAAGUUUGUCAUCGAAGCCAAGCGCGCAUUUUCGCGAAACUUGACGCUUCCUCUGGUUGCCAUAUACCUCUUCCCGGGUUUGAUACAGUGGUUUAACGUUAAGCUCCUUAACUUCGACAUAAUUCGCUGUUUUAAGGACCUCGCUGGAAACGCUAUACACGAGCGAGGCAAGGGAGGUCAUAAGUCCAAAGACUAUCUCAAACUUUUGAUGGAUGCACGUGAGGAACGCCAUGACACAAAUGGAUAUCCAAACCGUCGUGAGACUCCAGAACGUUCAGUACUGAGUGAAGUCGAGGUGCUGGCACAGUGCGUCGUCAUGUUUCUCAGCGGCCAGGACAGCACGUCGUCUGUUAUUGCACACACUGUCUACCUGCUGGCCUUACAUCCUGACAAGCAAAUGAAACUUCGAGAGGAAGUGGACCGAUGCUUCAGCUCACACGGUGAGGACAUCCCUCCAGAAGUUGUCUUGAAGCUGAAUUACCUUCACGCGGUUGUGUCGGAGGCUUUGAGACUCUUUCCUCCUGCAACAAGGAUUGACAGGUCCACAACGGAAGACUACGCUCUCGGUGACACAGGCAUCACUCUUCCCAAGGGCUGCACAAUCACCGUGCCCAUUUAUGCCAUGCAUCGGGAUCCUUUGAAUUUCAUUGACCCGGACUCUUUCAUUCCAGAGAGGUUCACUGAAGACAACGCUGCGUCCGUUCUUCCGUACACCUAUUUACCAUUUGGUGCUGGCCCCAAGGGAUGUCUAGGCAUGAACUUGGCGCUUCUGGCAGUAAAGCUCUGCCUGAUGUACUCUCUUCGAGCUAUUGAGUUUGUCCGGACAUCGAAAACAAAGGUGCCUCUCAAGUUUUACAACGGUUUCGGAUUACUCCACUCCGCGCCUUUUUCCGUUGGAAUAAGAAAACGAAGCACUACACCAACGUCAAUCAACGUUCACACUACGAAUUGAAGGCCCAUGGUGUAAUUAAAAUACUAUUUUUUAAGCAUACGGGUAUUACGUGGAU